AUGUCGACAUCUGAUCAUGGCACGGCAGUGGACCGGACCGUCUGCGAUCCUGGCAGCCGGGCCAAGAUCGAGGACUACUACGGCGUGCGACUGAAAGACACAGACCCCCGGGCCCUGGCCUUCGUAGUGGCUCAGAGCAAGUCGGCCGGGAACGAGGCCUUCCGCACCCACCGGUACAAGGAGGCGAUCAGGCUGUACAGCCAGGCCAUUGCCGGCGACGAGUCGGAUGCCGCCCUGUACAGCAACAGGUCUGCCGCCUUCCUGGCAGAGGGUCUCAACGAUCAGGCGCUGUGGGACGCAGAGAAGUGCAUCGCCCUGUCCCCUUCAUGGCCAAAGGCACACUAUCGGCGCGCCUGCGCCGCCAUGUCCCUCUGCCAGUGGCAGGGCGCGCGGCAAGCCCUGGUCAAGGGCCUGGAGCUUGCUCCUGGGGAUGCUGCCAUGGUCGCGAGGCUGGCGGAGGUCGACUGGGUGCUGACGCAGAGGGGCGCCGCGCGGCGAGCGCAGGCUGCCGUCGAACGUCGCGGUGUGGUGAGCCGGCUGCGAGAGCUGCGGUGCCAGGCCGCCAGGCAGGCGGCCCUCCGCCAGUUCAAGCAGAGCAUGACCGGGCCUCGCUGGGACCUGGAAGACCUCGACUGGCGGCCCACGUUCCUGCCGAGCAUGAAGACCCGGCCCCGGCCCCGCGCUCCCUCCUCCCCCCACUCCACCCUCCUGCGCUCCUACCUGUCCAGCCUCGCUGACCUGGCGGGACCCAAGGCCGCGCUCACGACGCUGGCAGACUCCCGGCGCUGGGCGCAGUACGAGGCGGCGCUGUGCACGCUGGGCGCGGCGGCAUGCCACGUGCUCGUCCUCGAGUCGGGGGGCGGGGUGCUGGGUCCGCUGGCGGCGCGCGCGGCGCCGCAGGCGAGCAUCACCUCCGUCCAGCGCGGGCGCAUGCUGUACCGCAUGGCCAAGCAGGUGGCGCACAGCAACCCUGGAACCAGAAGCGAGGGCCUCACCCUGGCGGACUGUGUGCAGGCCAGGCUGGCGGUGGCCGGGGAGGAGGGCCCGGCGCCGGAGGGUGGCGUGCAGGUGGAAAGCAGGGCGGACGUGCUCGUCACCGAUCUGAUGGACCAUGGGGUGCUGGGACUCGGCUUGCUACCGGCCAUAGACGAUGCGGCGCGGCGUCUGCUGACCCCCAAUGCCGUGGUCAUGCCAUCCAGUCUUCAGCUGGUAGAGGUCAGCCCCUCGCAAGCCAGCGGCUUCGACCUGUCACCCCUGGACUCGUACCGAUGGUGGCCCGGGCCCGAAGCCGUCCAGCUGGAUUCCCUGCCCCACCGCCAGCUCAGCGCGCCGUUCCUGGUGGACACCCUGGACCUGCAGGCUCGGGCGCGUGCCGCCGCGGCUGCGCACCGCUGUCCGCCGCAGCCACCUGCUGCCAACAGGUCCGCCGCCUGGGAACUGGACGUCGAGCUCAGCGUCCCGACCACCGGUGAUGGAAGGCUGACAGCGGUGGCCUUUUGGUGGGACGCGGAGCUGGCCCCGGCUGCCGGCCCCGGCCUCGCCCCCACGCGGCUGACCAACCGGGCGCCCGACGGCGGCCCGGUCACGACCUGUGCCGUGGCGCUGCAGCACCUCGAUGGCGUGGCCGUGAAGGGCGGGGGCGCGCUGUCGCUGCGCGUGCGCCGAGACGUGGGGCAGGUCUUCUUCUCCACCUCCCCACCGCAGUGCAGGGCGCGGCACGCCCUGGUGCCGCGCUGGCACUUUGACAUGGUGCGGGACGAGGCGCGCAAUGUGGCCUACGACGGCGCCAUAAGCCGGGCCGUGGCGCGGCUGAAAUCUCGGAGGCCGGGCGGGGUGCAUGUCCUGGACAUGGGCGCCGGCACGGGCCUCCUCUCCAUGAUGGCGGUCAGGGCGGGCGCGGCGUCGGUGGUGGGCGCCGAGAUCAACCGACACAUGUGCGAUGUGGCGGAGGAGUGCCUGGCGAGCAACGGGUGCCUGGGACGAGUGACGAUGUUGGACCGCGACGUGCGCCGCAUGGCCGCCGAGCCGGGGCCGGACUGCGCGCCCGCCGACCUGGAAAGGCGCGUGGACCUCCUCAUCUACGAGGUCUUUGAUUCGGGGCUGAUCGGGGAGGGGGUGCUGCACAUCCUGGCGGCAGCCAGGGAGAAGCUGGCCGCCCCCGGCGCCCUCCUCGUCCCCGCGUCGGCCCGGGUGUUCGCGCAGCCCAUCCAGAUGCGACUGGAAAGCGCGGCGGGCUUUGACGUCAGCCAGGCAAACCGCUGGCGCUGGCGGCCAGACUACGAGGGCGUCGAUUUGGAGGAGUGCCGGAACGACUGGGUGGCACUGGCGGACCCCGUCGAGGUGUUUGCCUUUGACUUCUCGGCCAGCCUGGAGAAUAUGCGGCCGGCCUCAGCCCCUCACGAGCUCCUGUUCACAGAGGCCGGCGUCGUCAACGCUGUGGCCACUUGGUUCGAGCUGGAGCUGGACGAGGAGUGCACACUUUCCACCAGCCCCCACCGCUCCGGCAAGGGCCCAACCUGGCAGCAGGCAGUGCAGUGGGUGCGGGAGGAGCGGGUGGCCCCGGGCCAGACGCGGGUGCUGAUCGCCUCACACGACACCUAUUCCAUCAGCUACGCUCUGGAGGAAGGCGCAGCGCCCGGCCCCGACCACGCCGGCGGCGUGCACUUUGCAGAGCUGUCGGACGGGGCUGGGGAGCUCGAGGAUCGGGCGACGGGCGUGCCCCUCGUGGACCCUGUCUGGAAGGAGGCGUUCGAUUCGCUGCAGCCCCUGAACUCCCAGAUCGUGCGGGCAUGCGUCCAGGACCCCCUGGAGUACAGAGCCAUUGCGCUGGAGGCCGUGGCCUUUGCCUCCCGGCCCCACGACUACGACCUGGACGCCAGCCAGGCCACCGACUUUUGCGUCAAGAUGAUGGGCUGA